CCUCUAUCCGCUGCACUAAAGGGUGGAGUAUUCCCUGCAAAGGAGAUUACAGGUAGCGUUUUCUUCGUGGCAUUGUGAGAAUGCAUCCAUUGAAUGCUGAUUUUAUUCAUCCGACUGCUGUUUUUGCCAAUGGGUUCAAACGUUAAAUUAAAUCCUCAAUAAGAAGCCCCCCUAUAAUUCUAGCUAAGUUAGCUCGAACGGCUAAGCUGCCUGUCAAGCAACACUCCGGGUAAAAUGUAUAUUUAAAGCGCAUGCGCGUUGAAGGUGCCCUUAACUGUUCGAAAACAGCAGCGCGAAAAAAUAGUAGCUCGACUGUUGACAACAACGUGUCUAGUUUGCGAUUGUAGUCUUAAAGUUGCGUCUUGACGGGUUAUAGCUUAUUUUAGCGUCACGUGUUAAUUUGUACAACAAAACAAGGCGGUUUCUGUUCAUUGUUGCUUCACUCGUGUUGGCUCAUUCGCGUUAGUUUAAGCUAUCCAGGCGUUACAACACUGCGUUACGUUAACGUUGCGUUCGCUUUCAACCAGCGAACUGUGGCCGGUAUGAAGCCCGUCAGAGGUUCUAACCGGGCCGCGACAAAAACACCGAACCGGAAACACCGGAACAAAACGGAUCAGACGACGGAGCAACACGCGUCAGAGCUUCCGGGCCCGCGGCCCAGUGAAAAGAACCACGACUCCCACCCAAAACCAGCACGGAAGAGGAAAGCUGAAGGCUCGUCUUCAGUCCCCAAAAAAGUCAAAGAUGAGGAGAAGUGGACGCUGAUGCCAGGAGCCUCCAUCAACGUUCUGGAGAACGUAAUGGACUUGUCAAUCUUAGCAACUCUGGCUUUAAGGCGGAAAGAGAAGAACGAGAGCCAGGAACAUUUGAACGUAAUGAAAACCAGGUUUCUCGCUCAAUGUGCAGAGCUCAAAGUUCCAGUGACAAAACCUAACGAUUCAGAGCAAUCAUCUCAACGCCACCGGGAGGAGGCCAAGAAGUCAGUGGUUGGAAAGACGACUCUGAGCACUCUGCAGGAAGACUUGAGGGCGGUUGUCCGUGCUCUGGAGAAGACAGAGGAGCAGAGCGUCUCUUUACAGCACACGUGCAGGAUGCUGAGGAACCAGGUGGAGGAGGAGGAGGAGAAAGCUAAAGAGAUUUUACAGAUAGCAGAACAAGCGGAUCUCAAUCUUCCCCCUCUUCCUCCACAAAAAGAUGAAACGACAUUAGAGGCUCGAUUGAGAAAAAUUAUACCAGAUGGUGAGUCUGAGACCACAGCCCAGAAACUGGGAGAAAUCCUGCAGAAAUCAGGGGUGGUUCAGGAAGCCCAGGCGCUGCUGCUCCUCCAGGCACGCAAACACGCCGAUCAGCUGUUCCACCCUGGCCUCACCCCCAUCAGUGCUGCACCUUGUUCGGACAGGAUACUCACCAAGUCACUGCUCACACAGGUCUGAACUAUUUUUUUUAAAUUUUUUUUUUUUAAAGGACUUUGAUGUGUGGACUUUUGAAGUUUGCACGUGUGCACACAUUGUUUAAAGCUUUGGUGUACGGGGAAAUAUUAUUUAGUCUUAAUAUGACUCAAUUACACUUUUUGUGGUUGUGGAACCCCGAAAAUCAAAGCCACCAAUCGAAGAAAUAAAAAGGUUAAGACUUUGAUAAUAAAUAGAUAUAGAGAGACGGCAGAUGGCUAUUCAAGCUGUUUUUAUUGAGAGAAAAGUUUAAACCAUUAACUUUCAUCAACAGAGACAUAUCAUGCUCAUUUCCAGGUUCACACCUGUAUUUUGGUUUCUACUAGAACACGUAUACAUACUGUAAUGUUAAGACAUUCAUUUAUUUUUUGCUCAUACUUAUCUGAUCAUACCUGUAAUCAGCCUUUGUCGGAAACUCUACGUUUUAGCUUGUUUUAGCUUCCUGUCAGCUGAUGUCAUUCACAGACUCUGCUCCAAUGUUAAAACGGUGCAGUGUGCACGUGACAUCAAAUUCAUGACAUUAAAAAAAUCGCUUUUCUUUACAUUGUGGGACCUUUAAGUUUGGAAAAAGAAAUUUGGCAAAAAUAAAAAGAACAUCAUAUGAGCAAAUAAAAUAAGACAAAAACUG